AUGCAAUCCAUGUCACGCGACAGUUGGGUGAAGUAUUUGUGGAUCGACUCACUAUGUAUCGUGCAAGACGACAGUGAGGACUGGAGGGAGCAGUGUCCACGUAUGGCAGAAAUAUAUCAUAACGCCUACAUCACCUUGGCAUCCAGUGCUGCACCAUACCCCCGGGCUGGUCUGUACUUCACGUCCGACGAUGAAUGGGACCUUGGACGGGAAGUUUUAAGUACUAGCGGCCGCCACGCAUUUCGCACCUUUGCUCGUACGCCUAUGACUGACAUGAAAUCAACAGGGGACUGCGAGCCCCUUUUCAAGCGAGCAUGGGCCUAUCAAGAGCGCAUGUUAUCACCUCGCAUUCUUUAUUUCACUCGUCGAGAGUAUUGUGGGAAUCUAACGAACAGACUGCAUGUCAAUGCCUUCAACUGCGAGGAAAAGGGAGCUUAA